AUGGUUUUCGUGCAGAUCCGAGAGGCCAAGGAGGGAGACUGCGGAAACAUUCUGAGGAUGAUUCGGGAGCUCGCUGAGUUUGAGAAACUCUCGGAUCAGGUGAAGAUCGGUGAAGAAGACCUGAGGGCAGAUGGCUUCGGAGAGAACCCUUUCUAUCACUGUUUGGUAGCAGAGAGCCUGCCCGGGCCCGGGGAAUCACAGGAGCCCUGUGUGGUGGGCUAUGGGCUCUACUACUUCACCUACAGCACGUGGAAGGGGCGCAACGUUUAUCUGGAGGACAUCUAUGUCAAGCCCGAGUACCAGGGACAGGGGAUUGGUUCCAAGAUAAUAAAAAAGGUGGCUGAGGUGGCCGUGGACAAGGGCUGCUCCCAGUUCCGCCUGUCAGUGCUGGACUGGAACAAGAGGGCCAUGGACUUGUACAAGGCCCUGGGAGCCCAGGAUCUGACUGAAGCUGAGGGCUGGCACUCCUUCCGCUUCGAAGGAGAGGUGAUGAGGAAGUUGGCGGGAAAGUGA